AUGUUCAAAUAUGACUCUACCCAUGGCCGUUUCAAGGGAACUGUUACUGCUGCUGAUGGCUGCCUUGUUGUCAAUGGAAACAAAAUUGCUGUAUUCUCUGAGAGGGACCCCAAAGCCAUUCCCUGGGGUAAAGCUGGUGCAGAAUAUGUUGUAGAAUCAACUGGUGUUUUCACAACUAUUGAUAAGGCAUCCGCUCACUUAGAAGGUGGUGCCAAAAAGGUUAUCAUCUCCGCUCCUAGUGCUGACGCACCCAUGUUUGUUGUUGGUGUCAAUCAAGAAUCUUAUGACCCCUCUUUCAAAGUCAUCUCAAACGCAUCUUGCACCACUAACUGCUUGGCUCCCCUUGCCAAGGUCAUCCAUGACAACUUCGAGAUUGUAGAGGGUCUAAUGACAACAGUCCAUGCUACAACUGCCACCCAAAAGACCGUUGACGGUCCCUCUGGAAAAUUAUGGCGUGAUGGCCGUGGCGCCCAGCAAAAUAUCAUUCCUGCUGCAACUGGUGCAGCUAAAGCUGUAGGCAAGGUUAUCCCCGCUCUUAAUGGAAAACUCACUGGAAUGGCUUUCCGUGUACCAGUUGCCAAUGUAUCAGUUGUUGACCUUACUGUACGCCUUGGUAAGCCAGCGAGCUAUGAUGCAAUUAAGCAAAAGGUUAAGGAAGCUGCUGAAGGACCAAUGAAGGGCAUCCUCGGUUACACUGAAGAUCAAGUUGUAUCUACUGACUUCAUUGGAGACUCCCACUCAUCCAUCUUUGACGCUGCUGCGGGUAUCUCUCUAAAUGACAACUUUGUAAAACUAAUCAGCUGGUAUGACAACGAGUAUGGAUACUCCAGCCGUGUCAUUGAUCUCAUCAAGUACAUCCAGACCAAGGAU